GCAAAGUUUGUUUUGAUAGAUGUUAGAUUCGAACUUCUCGUUUAUUUUUUGUUUUGUUGCUCUAUUCAAAUCCUGUUAUCAAACUUAUUUCUGUGUCGAAAAUAGGCGGCAGUUAUAUUUGACUGUAUUUCACACCCCUCUGUCCUCAUGAUGGUUUUUUCCAUCAUGGACGCCAUUCACUGACGGUACUACCAGGUCUCUGUCUCACAGCACCAUGAGUGAGCUGAAGGAUUGUCCCCCACUUAAAUACUACGACUUCAAGCCAGUCGAACACGUCAAGGUAUGCCCCCGCUACACCACUGUGCUGGGCCGCUCAGAGGACGAUGGGAUCGGCAUUGAGGAGCUGGACACACUGCAGCUGGAACUGGAGACACUGCUGUCCUCAGCCAGCCGCCGCCUCCGAGCCCUGGAAGAGCAGAGACAGAUUCUUACAGACUGGCAGGACAAGAAGGGAGAUAAGCGCUUUCUAAAGCUGGGGAAAGAUCCAGACCCUGCUGCUACAUCUCGCCAGAAAUCAAAGAAGCAGAAGUUGGAUGGUAAAGGUGGUCAUGGGCAGGGUCCUGGCCCUGGCAGACCUAAAACCAAAAUGCCGCCUAAGGUCCAGGAGUAUGAAUUUACAGAUGAUCCACAAGACAUUCCCCGCACUCCUAAAAAUGAUGCUCCCAACAGAUUCUGGGCAUCAGUUGAGCCAUAUUGUGCUGAUAUUACAAAUGAAGAGAUACGAUUGCUAGAAGAGCUUCUGAAACCCCCAGAGGAUGAAGCAGAGUAUUUCAAAAUUCCAGCUCUGGGGAAACAUUACUCUCAGCGGUGGGCUCAGGAGGAUCUUCUAGAGGAGCAGAGGGAGGGUGCACGAGCCAACGACAAGAAGAAGAGCCUCAUGGGAGGACCGCUGUCUGAACUGGAUGCAAAAGAUGUGGACUCACUGCUGAAAAAGUCAGAGUCCCAACAUGAAUCUCCAGAGGACGGCUGUCCCUUUGGUCCUCUCACGCAGCGUCUGCUCCAGGCCCUUGUAGAGGAGAACAUUAUAUCCCCCAUGGAGGAUUCUCCUAUACCAGACAUUUCAGGGAGGGAUGCUAAUGAUGGCGCUGGGACGUCUCCUCGAAGCCAAGGAAAAGCUUUUAGUGUUCCUCACACACGUUCCCUGGAGGCACGGAUCAAAGAGGAGCUGGUAGCCCAGGGGCUGCUGGACUCUGAGGAGCGGCCUGGACCAGGAGGAGACUCUGAGGAUGAAGUCCUGGCAGAACUGCAGAAGAGACAAGCAGAGCUCAAAGCCCUGAGUGCUCACAACAGAGCUCGCAAGCAGGAGCUGCUCCGGUUGGCGAAAGAGGAGAUGCGCAAGCAGGAGCUGAGGCAGAGAGUCAGGGUGUCUGACAAUGAGGUGAUGGAGGGAUUUCGGCGAAUCAUGGCAGCCCGGCAGAAGAAACGCACUCCAACCAAGAAGGAGAAGGACCAGGCCUGGAAAGCACUGAAGGAGAGGGAAAGCAUCCUCAAACUACUGGAUGGAUAGAGGAAGCAACAGUUUGUGUCUGGUUUUUACCCAGAAAAAACACAGAUUAGGACAGCUGUGACAGCAGUUUGAUGGUCAGUGAACAACUGUGCUGGUGAUGAAUGAUACAGUUUGCUGCAGGUGUAUGUGAUUUGAGUAGGGACGUGUCGUAGUUUUUAUGUCUUGUACAAAAGAAAGCUAAAGUGAUCUGUAACACAGAGACUUUUUCCUCCUGUUUCAUUUUUUUCUUUGUCAGUGGAUUUUUUUUAAUGUUGCUUUUUAUUUUAUUUACCGUUGUAAUGUUAUGAAAACAACACACAUGAAUGCUUGAAUAAAUCAGUACCACUUAAAGACAA